GUACGCUCUCCCCUAUCUCCUUCGGCGCUGUCGGCGACACCGGCAAUCCGGUAACCACGCUGUCGGGAAUCCCGAUCCACACCGCCUUACGGAAAGUGUGAGACACAACCUCGCUGCAGCACAAUGCUCUCGCCUGCAUUCUGGCCGAGCGUGAUUGUCCCUGCAACAGACAACCUGUUGUGAACACGAUAGAGAGGAACAAAAGCGAGCCUGCUUGCCUUCGGGUCUCUCCCCAAGACCCUCACUGCCCCGUCCUUGUCUCCCUUCUUAUAUCGGUUUUCUUCUGGCUGAGCUAGACGUCCCUCGUUCACUUUUCAUUCUUCAGCUCAACUCUGGCAGCCAUGUUCUUCUCAGCAGUAGCUUUCAGCCUCGCCGCCCUUGUCUCUUCCGUCGCCGCGAAGACCAUUGAGGUCCAGGUCGGCUCCGCCAACGGCGACCUUACUUACAGCCCCGAGGCAGUCUUCGCCGAUGUUGGUGACCAAGUCGUCUUCACGUUCCACCAAAAGAACCACACUGCGACCCAGUCGUCGCUUGCCGCUCCCUGUUCGCUCGUAGACGGUGGCCAGGACUCUGGAUUCAUGCCCGUGGCCGCUAACCAGACCGACGACUUCCCUACUUGGACCAUCACUGUGCAGGAUACCAAGCCGCUCUGGUUCUUCUGUCGUCAAGGCGAGAACACCGCAGCCUCCCACUGCGGCAAGGGCAUGGUCUUCGCCGUCAACUGUGGUCAGGACGGGGCCCCCAACUCGUUCACCAACUUCAAGAACGCCGCGCUCGCCAUCGGCGCCGAGCUCCAGGCGUCCGCCUCCGCCGCGUCCUCCGCCGCCCCCGCGACCUCCGCUGCGGCUGCGACGUCGAUCGACUACUCGGGCUGGACGACCGCUGCGUACGGCACUGCGACGAUCCCUGCUGAGCCUACUGGCUCCAUUGUGACGGACACGAUCACGGCCGGCUCCGCGACCUGGACGACGACGUACUCGUCGUACCCCGGCUCGCCCGACCCGACCCCGUCCUCAGCUGCCCCGAAUGUGAUCAAGGUCGUCGUCGGUGGUGCCAACGGCGAGCUCACGUUCUCGCCCUCGAACGUCUCCGCCUCGCCCAACGACAUCAUCUCGUUCGAGUUCCACCAGAAGAACCACACCGCGACCCAGUCCUCCUUCGCGGCGCCGUGCCUCCGCCUCAAGGACGCCACCACGGGCAACGUGAUCGGUCUCGACUCCGGCUUCAUGCCCGUCGGCGCGAACGCGACCGAGUUCCCCACCUACAACGUCACCGUCAACGACACCGCGCCGCUCUGGUUCUACUGCCGCCAGCACGCGCCCGACGGCUCCUCGCACUGCGGCGCCGGCAUGGUGUUCGCCGUCAACGCCGUCGAGGACUCGCCCCGCAACUUCACCGCGUUCAAGGCGCUCGCCGGCUCCCUCAACGGCACGAACGCGACCGGCGCGUCGUCCGGCUCCCCCAGCUCGGGCAGCGGCAACGGCGCGCCCGCGGGCGCGGCCUUCAGCGCUGCGCUCUCGCUGGGCGCGCUCGUCGCCGCCGCGGCGAUCCUCCUCUAAGGGUAAGGGCUCUGCGCCUCGGUUCCCCGCUUGGUUCGAUCCGAACCUGUGGAACGGACGAUUUGUCUGCGCGACUCGACUGGUGACGGGACGCUGCUGCUGCUGCAUGUUAGGAUUAUGUAUGGGCGCGCUGCCUAGCUGCAGCCGAUCCGCUCUCUUGCUCUCUCACCCGCCACGAUGCCCAUACUUCAGCCUAAUACCCCGGUCUCGGCAGUCUCGAUUACCUGCUGUUUUUGUUGGAUUCUCUUGACGACACGGACUUGUCACGGACAUGCCGAGCUUACGUUUCACGUUUCGUUGUGGUAUACUGUAGCUUCUUUCGAAUGGCGUGCGUGCGCGCCUUGUGCUUUUGGGUUCCGUGUAGCUUUAAUGUGGGGACGAAUGCUAUUCUGCUCUGCGUG